GUCAUGGCUUCGCCGGGGGCGCUCGAGAUAUUCGGAUUGAAGGUUGGAGCCGGCCGCGUGCUUCUCAAGGCAACUCUGCAACGUCCGGAUGGAUAAUGGAGAGAUGGUGAACUCAACCUGGGAGAAGAAAUCUGGACUGAUGACCAUGGUGGAUUCUCUUUCUGAAUCCAACAAAUACCUCUUGUGCAGCAAACACCAUAACGCUAUACAGGAACACAUUGUCACCACUUCCAUGUGGUACUGCGACCUGUUCUAUUGAAAAUACUCCACGCGGUACGGAGUACAUGCAUAGUACCAGUAUUCCUCGAAAGAGGGGAGGUUACAUGGCCGUACGAGGCUGAUGAGGCCAGCUGAGGGCCAAAUUGUCUAUAUAAGGGCAGAGAAAAUGUACUAAUCCAUCAGUCCAUCAGUCAAUCCAUCUAUCUUUCCAUACCCCAUACCAACAGAUACUAUCUACUAUCUCUACGAUAUCACCAUGAGCUUCCACCUCACCGCCGAGAGCCUCCGUCUCGAGGAGAACCAUAUCCUCAGUGCUCAGCUCCGCAAUGCGGAUGGCGAGCUUGUCGACUCGUCCAUUGACUUGAACACCAUCAUCGGAAAUGUUGACGGCCGCUUGGAAUGGGGUGGCCAGAACUUCAGCGAGAGUGCCGAGGAGGUCCAGUUCGGCAUCGAGUCCGAAAAUGAUGUCCCUGUUCUUCGGGCUUUGCUGAAGAAGGCUGGCGAGGAGUGUGCUGCUGCGGAUGUUAACCUGUCUGAGCGCAUCGUCAACGAGAAUGGUGCCUUUGUGUUUGUUUAGUGAUGUGGUGCCAUAUUUUGAUAUACAACUGCUCCUGGCCAAGGUAGCUAGUAUCGAAUAAAGUCUUAUGACGGGG